AAUCAGCAUUUAUGUGAACGCACGAGAUACGCAGUCACCGAAGCAAGUUCGAACUGGCGACAUGCAAGCUGGAAGCGCACGCACAGGGCACGGCUCCAACUACCUGUGAAUACUAUCCUUUUCGGCAUCUCGUAUUGCACAACUCUUCACGAACUUCGCACCCCGGAAAUGUAGCAUGCUAGAAUGGAAGCCCUCGUGGAGCACGCUCAAAGUUUCAAAGCUGCGCACGCAGCUGCCAUUGUCGAACUAUGUUUCGCUGGACGCAAGAGUUUGGAGCAGAGCAGGAGUGCAGUGAACAAAUGGAACCACGCUGGGAAAUGGAGGCUCCCCACGCGCAAUUUGGCGUCCGGGCGAAAGCAGCUGGCUAUCACAGCGCCGGUGGAGCUUUCAAAACUUUUGGAGCGUUGCUCGCUUGCCGGUGCGGAUGCCGCGCGGGUCGCCGAAGUCGCCCAGCUGCUGAACCCCCUUCUGGGAACAACAGCGCGCGGUGCUGUGCCGGACGCCGCGGCCACAGAUGGCGGGCCUGCCGCUAGCCCUGUUGCGCAACCUGCCACAGCUGGACCGCACCCCUCGCCGCCGCAAGGAGUAGGAGCCGGCGUGGCAGCGGCAGGGGGGAGUGCCGCCUCUCCACCGCGGGCACCACCUGCAGCAAAUGCUGCCGCCCUGGCAGCGUUCACUGACUACGUGGCCACACUCUGGCGGAACCGGGCGCCGGCGCAGGCCAGCGCCUUGGUGCACGGCUUGAUGCCGCACCUAGCCAAAACCAACUGCCACGACCUGGUCGUGCGAUGGCAGGCUGCUGGGCAGCUGCGGCUGGGCAUGGCAUCAUUCAAGCGCCCGCGUGCAAAGCCAUCACGAGCACUGGCUGUGGCAACUCCGGAGGACCUGGUGGCGCUGGUGCUGCGGUGCCGAGCUGAAUGCGCGGAGCCGCACCGCGCAGGUUUCCUGGCCGCCAUCGAAGCGCGCACAAAGGCAGCGCUAGCAGACAGCACAGUCGGCACCAGCUUCGUGGCCUUCACCACACUCACGCCUGCCGCCGUCAAAGCCGCCGCAACAGCUGCGCGGCUGCAAGCGGAGGUGCAGCGGUUACAGCAACUCCGGCAAGAGAACGGCACACCGGAGCCUGCUCCUGCGCAACGGAGAGGUGGCGCUGGCGGCGCUCGCGGCGGCCCUGACAACGAGCACGCCGCUGGCCUGGAUGGCGGCGGUGGCCCCCCUGUGCACCGCCGCCACCCGGAUGGGCUCUGGGCGCGCAGCUGGCGCGGCCGCGGCCGGCGGGCGUGGGACGUGUGCCGCUGGGCGAUCCGCUGGAACACGCUGCGGCAGUUCCUGACGGUCUACGUCUGCUGCGCGCUGUGUGGAUUCACGGCCUACCCAACUGGGGAUGAGAUGGCCAAGUGGGGCAUGCGCACGCCUCUACCUGGGGAACGCCCUCCGCACGAGCUGUACAACUCGCUGCACUCGGGCGUCAUGGCGGCGCCGGACGGCACGUGGAUGCUCUGCCCCACGUGUGCCGGCAAGCAGCAGCAGGACGGCCGGGCGGAGCACGUGGUGUUCCACACGCCCGACUACGCGCGGCAGGUGGUGCGGCUGGAGCCCUCGCUGCAGAUGCUGCUGUCACUGGUCAACGUGGGCGCGGGGUUUGCGGCGAACGCCAAGGGAUACUUCACAGCACGACUGCAGCAGCCGCACGCAGUGGGCGCGGCAAUGCUGGCGUGGGACGACAGCGCAGCUGAACGGGCGCAGCUGGUGCCAGAUGGCGUGCGGGAGGUGCUGGGGUGGAGCCUCGCGUUCAACCCCAUCUACCAGGCGUACCUGUCCGUCAUAGAACAGCGCGGGCAGGACGCGCCGCAGCCGUUCCUGGGCCCGGAGGCGGUGGCAUCCUUUGCUGCUGAUGCCAUCGCCCGCAGUCCCGUAGCCUACAUGCUGCCUGAGCACAACGACAUGUGCAAGCGCGUGCUGGCGGCGGUGAUGCCCACACUGCCGCCGCCGCUUUCCCUCCGCGCGCCGCCCACAUCCUAUACGGCCGGCACGCUGCAACCACGCGCUGGGUUGCUGGGCGCAGCGGCUGUGGGCGGGGCCCUGGCCGUCGGAGGCGACGGGCUCACACAGCCACAGGUCAUCGUCUUGCCAGACGGCUCGGCUGCCGCCUCCUCAGCGGCAGUCAGCGGCCAGGACCUGCUGCUGACCGCGGAGCUGGCGAUGUUCCCAUACCUGUUCCCUUUUGGCUCCGGUGCAUUUGGCGGGUCAGCCAUGGCGUUCAGUGAGUACCUGCAGUUCCGCGCCCGCUGCUUCCUGUCAGUGUGGACCCUCGUACAGCCAUACCUGCUGCUCAUGUUCGCUGUGCGAACCACUACUCAGCUGUACGGCGGCCACCGCACCAAGGUGGUGCUUGAGCGCGCCAUUGCUGACUACCGGAAGCGGCAUCCUGACGCCAGUGACGCCAAGCUCAUCAAGCACAUCAUCAAGUACAGCCUCCCGUCUACCAUGCCCAACACGCCGUCCUGGCACCGCCGCAACCUUCAAGACCUGCUGGCGCUGGUGGACCGGUGGGGCCUGCCCACCCACUUCCUCACGCUCACCGCCGACGAGUUCUCCACGUCCCGCUGGGAGGAGGUGGAAACGCUGGAGGACAUGGUCCGCAAAUUCUGCAGUGGCGCCACCUGGCGGGACGCUCCCGCCGAGAAUGCCUACCUUUUUCACCGUCGUGUCCAAAUGUUCAUGCGUGAGAUCCUACGCGUGCGGCGGGGCAGCAAAGCCAGUGGCAAGGGCGAGAGUGGCGUGCUGGGCCGCGUCCAGCACAACGUGACGCGCUACGAAGUUCAGGGCCGCCAGUCCCUCCACGCCCACAUCCUGCUGUGGGUGCAUCCUGACGAUGUGGACCGUGUCUCGUCGGAAAUCGUUGCGUGCGUCCCUGCCAAGUACAUAGGCAAGGACGGCGUGUGUGAUGAGCACAACCCCAACUGCCCGAACAGCCGCGAGUGCUGGGAGCCCCCCAGCGACGACCCGCACGCCCUCUCCCUCUUCGACCACGUGAUGAGCAAGCAGGUCCACUUCUGCACGCCCAUCAAGCGUCCCGGCUGUCGCAAGCACGGCACCUGCCGCUACGGCUUUCCCUGGAAGCCGCAUGACUCGCCAGUCCCCAUCGUGGACCCAGCCACUCGGCGCUACGUCUACUACCGGCCCAGCUGGGCCCACCGGAACGUCUCACCGUACCAUCCCACGGUGGCCCUGCUGUGGGGCGCACACAUGAACCUGCAGCGCAUCACUUCAUCGGACUGGAGCUUCUAUGUGCUCAAGUACGCCAUGAAGACCGAGCCAUGCGGCAACCUGAACCUGAAUGCCGCCAGCCGCGUCGCGCUGGGGCUGCCCGAGGACCAGCCGGGCGCUGCGUUUGGCGCCACGUACCUUGUCAAGGUCAUCUCGGCCUACCUCACCUCCACCGCCCUCAGUCCCACGCUUGCCUUCCUGGGCUGCGCCCAAAUCAACACGGUGUUCAUGUCCUCGGGUGUGGACUUUGUGUGCAGCGCCCCGCCCACCACACGCACGCGCACGGUCUUCCAAGGCGCGAAGCUGUGCGCCUGCCCCGUUGAUGUGUACUCGCUGCGCCCCACCAGCCUGGCGCACGUGACAUUCACGUCAUAUUUCCGUGAUUACCGCCUGGUGCCCGCCAAGGCGCCGCGGGGCGUGCGCGCUGGCAUGCCGCGUGCAGCAGCAGGCCUCACGGCUGUCACUGCUGCUGCAACGGCUGCCGCUGGCGGCCUGGCGGCCGUUGCUGCUGGCGGGCUGGGCGCCGCGGCUGCAAUCGGCGUCGCCACGGCGGCAGGGGCAGCAGGCGCAGCCGUUGCGGGGGCUGCGGCGCGCGCAGCAGGGGUGGCGGCGGCAACAGAGCGGGAUGGCCCCGUGCUGCGGCAGGCACCGCCGGGCGGGGAGUUGGUGGGCCAAACACAGGAUCGCCACUUCAACGUCUACAAGCUGAAGGAGCCUCGCAUCGUGCGGUUCUCCGACUACAACCCCGCCUCUGAUCCUGAGGGCUAUUUCUACAACCUCCUGCUGCAGCAGGUGCCCUUCACCAAGGAGUCCGAACUCAUCUCGGCGGCGAACGGCUCCCACACCUACUUUGAAGAAUGCCGGCUGCGCAGCCUGGUGCAGAACACCAGCGACCUGGAGGUGCACCUGCAGAGCUACGCCAACUACCACCUGUACAAUGCUCAGAGGCGUCAGGCGCUGCUGGCCGCGUUGCUGGGCAAGUACACGCCGUCUGAGGCCACCGACGAUGGAGACGAGCUCAACCCGGAGGCCGCCACCUUCACUGUCAACUACGGCGGGCUGCGCGACCCGCCGCAGGGUGCUGGCAACCCGCGCGGCGGCGGCGCGGCUGCGCGUGUGGACUCGGCUGCUCUCCGGGCUGCUCUGGCGGCGGAGUUCGAGGACCUGGACGCCAUGCCUUACACGGACGCGCAGGCCGCCACCGUGGAGGCCAUCCUGCGCCACCGCGCCGGCGUCAUCGUGCUCACGGGCGGCCCGGGCAGCGGCAAGACCUUCACGACUAAGAAGCUGACGCGCCAGCUGCGGCAGAUGGGCAAGACUGUCAUGCUCACGGCUAGCACUGGCGCUGCCGCCGUGCGCCUCAGCGCCUUCGCAACCACCAACCACGGCGCCUUUGACCUGCCUUCCGGCAAUGUCGCCAUGAGGAGCUGGGUGCUGGGCAGCUCCGACGUGCACCCCAAGGCGGAGGCCCUGCGCGCGGCUGAUGUGUUCAUCAUCGACGAGUUCUCCAUGAUGACGGAUGCGCAGCUGACCCUCAUCCUCACCCGUAUCUUCCAUGCCUGCCAUUACGCCACCCUUGAUGAGAUGCUGGCUGACAAGCUGAUCAUCCUGGUCGGCGACCACGCUCAGCUGCCGCCCGUCUGCAACUGCGCCGCCAGGGCGGGCCACUCUGCGGCUGUGCUGCGGGCGGCGGCCCCUCAAGCCGCCGAUGCCGGGCCUGACCACCUACCGCUGUGUGAGUCAUGCCAUAUCGCGUCCAACCCCUUCUUCGGCCUGGCGCCCAAGUAUCGACUUCCCGCCUCGGUGCGCCACGCCAAGGACCCGGAGUUUGCGGCCUUCCUGGACAUCAUCCGCGUGCGCCCGCCCACGGCGGCUGAGCUUGAGGCCGUGUUUGGCCGGUGGAGCCCCGCCACGACGCUGACGCCUGCCAGCCCGGACCCCGCCGCCUGCAGCCCCUACUACAUCUCAGAGGACAUGGUGGCACUCCUGUCCGAUGAGCGCACCACAGUGCUGUGCACGCACGUGGAGGACGCCAAGUCCUACAACCACGCCAUCCUUGAGCGCUUGGCCGCGACCGGCGCGGUGGGCAGCGUGGAGCCCUGCCCACUGCAGCACGAUGUUCCGGCGCGCUCGGUGGCAGAGGCAGGCCUGGAGAACUGGCUGCGCGACCCGUCCUUCAGAACAAUCGAGCAGGUGGCCGUGGGCGCGCGCGUGGUGCUGGUGGAGAACUGCGACCUGCACAAGGGCGCCGCCAAUGGUGCGGCGGGUGUUGUCACGCAGCUAAGCUAUGAGACGCGCGAUGACGGCCUGCGGCAGGUAUCCGGAGUCAAGGUGCGGCUGACGGACAGCGGCAAGAGCCUGUGGGUUGGGCGGCGCACCAGCGAGUACAACUGGUUCAGCGGCGUCAAGUACAGCAAGCACGCCUUGCCGCUCACACUCGGCUGGGCCAUCACCGCCCACCGCUCUCAGGGUGCGACGCUCACCGGCGGCACCAUCAUCCACGCACGCAGUGUGUUUACGCCCGGCCAGCUGUACGUCAUGCUCUCACGCGUUACAGAGCGGCGGCUGCUGCGCCUGGUCGGCCCCCUCCGGCCCGACCUGUUCACACCGGUCCGCCUGCCUAACUUUGUCCAAAUCGACGCUCUGGCAGAGAAGCAGCGCGCAUUGCAGGCUGCUGCAUUUGCGGCGGCCGCGACCGCUGUGUUGGUGGCUACCGCCACGCACCCUCCGGUGGCACCUGCUAUGGAGCCAACGGCCCUUGACGGCCUGGACUAGGGACUGGGCACCUGGGCGCCCGGUCGGUUCCUCACCCUGCCAUCACCUUUCCUUCAUUGUGAUUUGAUUGUUUCAUGCCCAUGUGCGGGCAAUGCAAGGACAUACCUGACAGCUGUUGCAUUGGUCCACCGGACUGCCUUGGACUUCACGCUGGUGUGCAUGCCAAAGACUCCAUACCUGCAGUACGCAUGUUCCUGCCUUGCUGUGGUGGGUUACGCAACGCGCUGUUUUUUAAUGCCUAGGGUCGCGCUUGACCGACGCUGGUGGGCUCACUUGGGCUGGUGAUGCCUGGCGCCAGCUUGGCAGCUGUGCAGCAUGUGCGUCACACCUGUUGUGUUCACCAUUAACCUUCGCUGUAUCAC